ACCUUUCCAAAGAUGGUGGCCAACUGCUGUCGUUUCCUGUGUUACUUCUGUCGCAUCAGCAGACAGAACCAGAAAGCCAUGUUCGAUCACCUCAGCUACCUGCUGGAAAACAGCAGCGUCGGACUUGCGUCUCCCUCGAUGCGAGGCUCUACUCCACUAGAUGUGGCCGCUGCCUCUGUGAUGGACAACAACGAGCUGGCUCUGGCCCUGAGGGAACCAGACCUGGAGAAAGUGGUGCAGUACUUGGCUGGCUGUGGUCUCCAGAGCUGCUCCAUGCUAGUGUCUAAAGGAUACCCUGAUAUCGGCUGGAACCCCGUCGAAGGAGAGAGAUACCUCGACUUCCUCCGCUUCGCAGUGUUCUGCAACGGUGAGAGUGUGGAGGAGAACGCCAACGUGGUGGUGAGGCUGCUGAUUCGUCGGCCGGAGUGCUUUGGCCCCGCCCUGCGCGGAGAAGGGGGGAAUGGUCUCCUGGCAGCCAUGAUGGAAGCCAUCAAGAUAUCAGAGGACCCCUGUAGAGACGGGCCCUCCCCUACCUCAGAGGCCGGCAGGACACUCAGUGAGGUGUUAUUGGAGGAUGAGGAGGAUGACACUAUUCACAUGGGAAACGCUAUAAUGACCUUCUACGCCGCCCUCAUAGACCUGCUGGGGCGCUGCGCCCCUGAGAUGCACCUGAUCCAUGCAGGGAAGGGCGAGGCCAUCAGGAUAAGAGCCAUCCUACGUUCCCUGAUCCCUAUAGAGGACCUGGAAGGAGUGAUCAGCAUACCCUUUCCCAUGCCAACUCUGGCCAAAGAUGGAUCAGUGGUUGAACCUGAUAUGUCAGCUGGGUUCUGUCCGGACCACAAGGCAGCCAUGGUGCUGUUCCUGGACCGGGUCUACGGGAUAGAGGACCAGAACUUCCUGCUUCAUCUACUGGAGGUCGGAUUCCUGCCCGACCUCAGGGCUGCUUCCUCGCUCGACACAGCUGCUCUGAGCGCUACAGACAUGGCCCUGGCCCUCAACAGGUACCUGUGUACAGCGGUUCUGCCCUUGCUCACUAAGUGUGCCCCGCUGUUCGCUGGGACGGAGCCCUACGCCUCGCUCAUAGACUCCCUACUUCACACCGUCUACCGUCUCUCUAAGGGAUGCUGCCUCACGAAGGCACAGAGAGACGCCAUCGAGGAGUGUCUGCUUGCCACCUGUGGGUAA